AUGCAGUUCAAGUAUGAACUCGCAGAGCUUGUUACAAUAUUUUUCCUUGUGGAUUUCCUUACUACUCUUCACCUUGGUUGUUCCUUAGUCGUGCUCAAUCUAGCAGACAUUCUUAUAAGAGCAGAACCGUUGGCCACUGGUUUGGCAUCAGAUGUGCACGGGAAGGUAUGUGCUGGAACACAUUUUGUCACUUCACCAGAUUGA